UCGUUCACACUUCUGACCAGGGCUGGUACCGCCGAAAUUUCGUCCCCUAUUGGCUUUCUUGGUUCUUGUUAUCUGUUCUGGUUUUUCUCUUUACCUGCCGCUUCUUGGAAGUUCUCCACUUCUUCUAGACGAAAGUCACAAAACCCUUUCUUCCACGAUUAUAAAAGGGUGUUUUAAAGUUUCUUUAAAAUAAGAUCUGAUCAGGUUGGACUUACGAGAGAGAGAGCGCGAAACUCGAUUUUUGUUUCCAUAAAUUUUCACCGACUCUGUUCUUAUUAAAUUCUCAUUUCGAUCUUCAAAGAAAUCCAAACGAUAUUCAGAUUUAGGUGCGGAGUUCAUCAAGAAGGAAAUGUUUGAGAAAGGGAGGACUGUGAUACUCCGAAGCCACCUGAAAAAGUACCUUCUUGCCGACGACGAUGGAGAAAAGGUUCGUCAAAGUCGAAACGGAUCGUCGAAAAACGCGAGGUGGACGGUGGAAUUAGUGGAAGGGAAGAAUAACGUGGUGCGCCUCAAGAGUUGCCAUGGUCGCUUCCUCACCGCUUCUGAAAUUCCCUUUCUUCUUGGCAUGACAGGGAAGAAGGUAACUCAGUCCAUGCCUUCCUCCAAGUGGGACUCUUCGAUAGAGUGGGAAGCGCAAAAUGAGGGUUUUCAUCAGGUGAAGCUCAGGUCAUGGGGAGGCACAUACUUGAGGGCAAACGGUGGAACUCCGCCUUGGAGGAACUCCAUUACCCACGACAUCCCUGAGGUCAAGACCACACAAGACUGGGUUUUGUGGGAUGUGGAAGUGGUGGAGAAUCCUCAAGCUGAUUCUAUCGCCGAUUACCAAUCUCAGAUAUCGAGCAUUUCUUCGGCGUCGGAAGAGUUUGGGAUUGAAUACUCCGAACCCAAUUCGCCGAUGUCGAUUACGUCGAACAAAUCACCCAAGUUUUCAUUUUCGUCCUUGGUGAAACCUCCCAAUUUCUCUUUUAAAAAGUCUCCCAGGCUUUCUCUCACAGGCUCGGAGAAGGACUACUGUGACUACCCACAUAAGGAAUCUUUCACCUACCAGAGUGGAAUGGAACUCUUCUAUAAUGCAAAGGCCGUCCGGCUACGGGGCCAUCACGAUAAAUAUCUGCUCGCGGAUGAGGACGAGGAAUCUGUGUGUCAAGAACGGAACGGCUCAUCAAGGAAUGCCAGGUGGAUUGUUGAGUUCCUCGAUGACCCAAACUUCAUCCGUCUCAAGAGCUGCUACGGCAAAUACCUCACCGCAUCCAACGUUCCCUUCCUUCUCGGUAUGACAGGUCACAAGGUCCUUCAGACUCUGCCUAGCAAGUUGGAUUCCUCUGUGGAGUGGGAGCCUCUCAGGGAAGGCUUCCAGGCAAGGCUCAAGACUCGCCAUGGCAACUUCCUGCGUGCAAAUGGAGGUCUCCCCCCCUGGCGAAACUCCAUCACUCACGAUACCCCGCAUGUAAGUGCCACCAGGGAUUGGAUCCUCUGGGACGUGGAUAUCGUCGAGAUUAGAGUCGAUUCGCCAGUUCGUCCAUCCCCACCAGUGGUUAACCGAAAGGAAGGGAGACCCCCAGUCGUUGCUCCAACUCCACCACCCCCAGUGGUUAAAAGAAAUCACCAUUCUGAACCAGCUUCUCCCAGAUUAUCAAAGACACAGUCGAGUGAUUCUUUCGUCUCUUCACCGCCGAAGCCUGAUGGCCGGACAAUCUAUUACGACAUCGCUGAUGAAUAUGGUGAUAUUGAUGAUGAGAAUGAGAGUCCCAGUUUAAUUUUUAAGGGGACUAGUGUGCAAGAACUGACACAGAGGUUGGAGAAAGAGACAGGGCUUCAAGGUAUCACCGUCUGUUCACGCAAUAUCUUGAAUGAUAAACUUUACCCUCUUCGCUUGCAUCUUCCGCCCAAUAAUACAACUAUGCAUGUGGUUGUGGUUCCAGCCUCUUCAAAAGCUGCAAUAGAUUUGCCGAGGCCAUGAAGUACCCCACUAUUACAUGAGCAUACCCUAGAGGCCUAGACAUCAUCUGUGUGUAUAUAAAAAAAAAAGAGCUUACAUAUUCUCGGCUUCGCGGCUUGUUGAAAGAGAGCAGAAUACAUUCGCAUGUCUCAAACUCAUUGAAUUGGUAUAUUAAAGGUAGUAAGGAUCUCUUUUAGUGUUGCCAAGAGUAUUGUUACACCAGUAUUCUCCAUCAUUAAUGUUUGUAAAUCUCAAUCUUAUACUGAAGAUGGGAUAUAUGAAUAAUGAGACUUGUACAACUAUUUUUGAUGUAAAAUUGAAAUAUUUUUAGUCUGGAGCAUAGUUAGUUAAAACGAGAAUGGUAAAACAAGCUUUGUUUGGAA